AUGAACAACAACACCAAUUACAACAACAACAGUAACAACAACACCAAUUACAACAACAACAGUAACAACAACACCAAUUACAACAACAACAGUAACAACAACACCAAUUACAACAACAACAGCAACAACAACACCAAUUACAACAACAACAGCAACAACAACAUCAUCAAUAACAAUAAAGACAUUAAUCAUACCAUCAACCUGAUUUUAACAGAAAUUAUCUCACGAAUUAAAACUAUAAACCAAAUAACACAAAAGGAAACCGUAGGCCCUACAGGUCUGAUGGUACCCCUGUACAUAGUGGAGCGUUACCUGGACCUGUACAACCCAACGGAGAGUGACGAUGGUAAGGUUUUAACCUGCAAGGCGUCUGUUGUUGGCCUAAACUCCGUUUACGAUCAAGUUCUUCUGGAUGUCUCAUUCGCACCUUGGUCUGAAUGUUACACUCCUCUCCAUGACGUCAACAUAACCAACGACGACAAAAACUUCCACCUACGUCAAAACUUCCCGCCCUACCAGAAUCGCCUGCUGCCGCACCUACAUCAACAACAACAACGAAAGAACUAUCACAACAACACCAACAACACCAACACACCAACACAACCACAACAACAACCACAACACAACAGGCUGAACAGCGGCUCCAACAAGCUCUGCGCUGGCUCGGUUUUGGGCGGCCUCUGGACCGUUACCACAGUAAGUAGUGGCCCUAACGGAAUCAGGCACAUCUUGAAAGUGGAGCUCUUCAGUAGUUUCCUGAAUUCCUCGAUCUUCGGUAGCUACUGCCUCAUGGCUGACAACAUCAUAGACGUUCUGCACAACAACCUCACCCUGACACCUUGUUAG